UUCAUUACGGCUGUUUCAUGCUGUGUAUGUAACCCAUAGAUUGAGAGAGAGAGACCUUUCAGUUCAUAUAUAUAUAACCAGGUGGAGAAAGAUACAAACAAGAAAUGUUUGCUAACAAUGGGCUAAUGUUCUCCUUCUACCACAACAUAGCUCAAGAUAAUUCACCACAACUAUUUGAAGAUCUUAGUUUCUCUCAAGGACCCAAUGCCUCUCUGGCAUAUGUGGUAUCUGAAUAUGACCUUGGAGGAGAUGGGGACCUCUUCAAGGCUCCCAAACCUAUCAUAGAAGAACCAUUUGUGGAUCUUGAUCCAAUAAUGCCAUCUUCCAUUCCUAUGCUUUCGUGUGCCGAAGAUGUCAUGUCCCUCGAACUUCUCAAGGUCUCAGAAAUCGAAUCAUCAUUUGAGAAGGAACAGCUCCUCAGUGAUGUUUUCUAUGGAUGCAACACAGAUCUUUUGUCCAAAGGAGUGGAAGAUUCGGUGUCCGAGGUUGUCCCGGGUCCCAUUUCCAAGAAUUGUGGAGGAAUGUCGGGUUCCAAGGCGUCGUUUCAGAAGAGCGAGAGUUUUGAGUCUCUGUGUUCCAUGGAAAUGGUGCAUGGAGGAGCUCCAAUGGGGCCUGAUUUUCUUGAUUUUUAUGGAAUGGGGUUUGGUGCUGCUGCUGCUUAUGGGAUAAGAAGAUCAUUCAGUGAAGGGGACAUUAAGAAUCUUGGACAAGGCAGCGUAAGCCUCCUCAACGCUCAACAUGGCAUUUCUGAGGAUCGAAAGGAGAAGCUUUCCAGAUACAGGAGCAAGAGGACUAAGAGGAAUUUUGUGAGGAAGAUAAAUUAUGCUUGCAGGAAGACAUUAGCUGACAACCAACCAAGGAUCCAAAUGUGGAAAUCUAUUUUGGGGAGAGAUGAUGAUAAUGAAGAACAAGGGGAAGGUUUGGUGUUGGAUGAUGAAGAAGGCUUCUGCUCUUUCUCAAAUCUCCAAAGGAUCUAUGCGUUCUUUGCUUGUAUGGCAGCCGGUCUGGUCUGUAUGUUCUUGUCAUGUGUUGUUUUUGCAAAGCCCAUCAAGUUUGCUCUUUUGUUUUCCUUUGGCAACUUUCUUGCUGUUGGAAGCACAACCUUUCUCAUUGGACCGCGGAAGCAAAUAAGAAUGAUGUUUGACCCAGUUCGUGUUUUUGCCACAGUAAUAUAUGUCACCUGCGUCGUCUUAACCCUUGUUUGUGCGUUACUGUUUCAUAGCAUGAUAUUGUCGAUAGUUGCCAUCAUAUGCGAGGUUCUUGCCCUUAUAUGGUUGAACUUUCGAUGGACAUGGUGGUGACUGAGAGACAGUGCAACACCGACGAACCUGACGGAGAUGACCCACAGACAAAGCAUCGUUAGUGAAGACGGUUGUUGAGCCAGCGAACACCCUUGAUGCUGGUAGACCGGACGGAGGAAGAUGCAGACAACACGUGAGGUUCUAGGGUUU